CGAAUAAUUGACCGAGAUUGGUUAGGAACAGCACUAGGAGUCACUGCAGGAUUGACAAGCCAGUGGUUUUCCGCUUUGCUGAGGCAAGCCAGCUGUGAGCAGAGACAUAGAAAUGAUAAUGAAGAAAUAGCAAGACUACGUGAUUGUCAGUUUCCAUUGGGUGGAUUAGGAAGGUUGAGAAAUUUUCUUGUUUCUGAGUUUGUUUACCAAGGUGACCUUCAUUCGUUAUUCAGUGAAUUUAUGCCUACCUUGUCAUACCCUAUU